AUGAAACAUACUAAAGAAAAAGGAAAAGCUCCUCCUAAAGGCAGGAGACGACUGGAGUUUGGGGCACCAAAGCAGCAGUUGCCAUUGCUGAAUAAGGCAGUUUACAUGGAUAUCAAAAACAGCAGGCAGGCAGAUUUUAUGGAGGAACAGCUGAAAAAAUUGGGGGCCAGAGUGGAGAAAUUUUUGAGUGUUGAGGUGAACUAUGUGAUAUCAAGUUCCGGGCCUUCAAAACCUGAUGAGAAAGUCAGUCGCGAGGAAAACCCACAGAGUCCAUCUUUUGUUCCAAGCCCUUUCAACAGUAUUGCCUCUCCAGCGGUCCCACCAGAAGCCAAGACAGUGGUAGUAUCCAGAGGGAAAGCUUUAGCUCAGAUUGCUUGUGCCAAAAACAAGGCUAGUUCUGUUGUCACAAGUGCUGAAAAACUGGGGAUAAAGUUGUGUCAGCAGAAGCUGCAACAAAAUGGCUUGAGAAAGAGUUAA